AUUACGUCAAAAUCUUGUCCAUUCCCUUGACUUUUUUUUUUUGUGGCUACUCAGCCAAUUAGCUCUAAAAAUAAACGAAAUAGAUAGAAUACUACAGGUGCAGACAAAAAAGACAUAAUAACUUAUAUAUCAUAUGAUUACGUCACUGCCGUAAAAUAAAAUACAAAUGUUACGUGCAUUAUGGGUCCAUUUUCAAUUACAAAUAGAAUCGAGUCACUGCUUUAGUUUUCCGACACCAAACCAAAAAUGAAUAUGGAGUAUACUACAAAAAUAACAUCAUUCUCUCUCUUAUUUCUCUCUCUCAUAAUCCCGACCUUGGCUACUGCCACAUGCAGUACCGCCGUUUGUCGCAAUGGCGAUCCAAUUAUCCGUUUCCCUUUCCGUUUAAAAUCCCACCAACCCCAAUCUUGCGGUUAUGACAAAGGGUUCGACCUAACCUGCGGUAAUAAUAACGGCGUUAACAGAACCACCAUAAGACUACCAUUCUCUGGUAACUUCACCAUCGAGGUGAUCGAUUACGCAGCUCAAGUGAUUUUACUCGCCGACCCAAAUAACUGUCUUCCUAAACGCAUCUUAACGCUAAACCUCACUUCGACGCCGUUUGAUGGCGUUUACACACGUCGGUUCACGUUUUUUAGCUGCCCGACGUCGGGAUAUCUUCGUUUUGGGAGGUUCAUUCCGAUAACGUGUUUGAGCGAUGAAAACAGCACGGUGUUUGCCACUGCUUUACCUAGAGUGGUGAACUACCUGUCCGCUCAGUCGUGCCGGUUAAUGAAAACCGUUGACGUUCCCGUUCGUUUGCCGGUUUAUGAGCAGGCCGUUUCGUAUUGGGGACUCAGUGAUAGCCUCUGGCUCACUUGGAGGGUCCCGAGAUGCCGCCGGUGUGAGAGUAGAGGUGGUAAGUGUGGGAUUAAGAGUAAUUCUUCUCGUGAAAUCAUAUGCUCUGAUGCUCCUAAACCAGCUAUUCCUAGAAAACUCGGUUAUGCAAUAGCCAUCGGUGCAGGGAUCCCAGGAACUUUAAUUCUCUUCGGUGUUUUCUGUUUCGUUUACAGCAAAAUUAACGCCUUCAUCAAACGACACCAUCUUAUUUCACAUCCAGAGAUCAACAACACUCAAGCCCACUCUUCUCAGUCAAGUAUCAUGAUAAAGGGUUUAGAUGGGUCUACUAUAGAUUCAUAUCCAAAAAUAGUGUUAGGCGAAAGCAAAAGGUUACCCAAAAUAGACGAUGUCAUAUGUGCCAUUUGUCUAUCAGAGUAUGAGCCCAAUGAGACGCUUAGGACAAUACCAUUGUGCCAACACUGUUUUCACGCCGACUGCAUCGAUGAGUGGCUAAAAUUAAACGGGACUUGUCCCGUGUGUCGAAACUCUCCCGAGCAGAUUUUGCCAUCUGAAAACAUUAAUUCUUAGUUAGUCACUCUUGUUAUUUUUUUUUGCGUCAUUUGUAAGUAGUUUAUGUCCUAUACUAAUAAAUGAAGCAGUGCUUCCCCCAGAAUUCCACUGUUUACAUUAUUUUGAAAUCAUUUUUAUACAGUUACAAAUCAUUCGUUUUUAUCGUUAGCUUUUCUUCGUCAACAUUUUAGUUAUAUAGAUAACAUAAAUAUAUGAUGUAGAAUUACCACAUCCAACUAAAGCCUUAGUACUGAUUUACUCCUAUUACUAAAGAAUACAUAAAUUCGAGAAAUGAAAAAAUUAAUUUUAUUAGUAAAUAUUAGAUUACAAAGUCAAUACUCAGAAUUUCCGAAAAGUUAUCAAAUAAACAGAUAUAUGCACCACAUAUUAAAAAAAUAUAAUAUAAAAAUAAACUUAACAAUGAUUUCCGAAGAGUAGCUUUACUUGCUAAUAGAACAUCAGAUAUAUGCAUCAUAUAUUAAAAAUUACAAAUAUAAAAAAAUGAUUUUUAACGGUACUUUCGGAAGAGUAGCUUUACUCGCUAAUAUAAUAUUUAAUCCGUUAUUUCUUUUCCAUGUAUUAACAUUUACUUGAUGUAAAGUGUAUGUUUUACUAGCAACUUUUAGAUACAAGAAUUCAUAAUAGGAACCUUUAAACAAGAUUUUGUAUUGAAAUCAGCUUUCUUGAUUGCAAAAUUUGACCUUGUUUGCCAUUAGUUGAUAUGGUAACCACUUCAUUAAACCAAUAUUGUAAAGCGUUUCACUAAAUAUUUUUAUUUGAUUUCUCUUUCGUGUCCGGAGACUAGAAACACCAUACAACAAUUAGUCAACAGAGAAUUAGUGCCAAAAUCCACCGGUAGUGGCAAUGACCCUUUAACAUAAUUUGCUAAAGGCGACAUAAGAGAGAAACAAGUAUCAAUAUUUUCUUGCAAACCCAGUGGUUGCUCCACAUAACCUUCCACUUUCAUACAUCUUCACUAUUUAUAAACCAUGAUCUCAAAUGUGAAGUAUAUUCACUACCGUAUAAGCACAUACCUUCAUUUGAUAGAUAAUGCAUCAUUAUGCAACAAAGGUUCUCCAGCGUAACUGAUGAUGAUAUAGGUUAAAGGUGAAAUACAUUCUUGUAUUUUAAACAUAAUGAGAGUUACAACUUACAAGAUAUCUAUUUUAAAAUAGGAAGCCCUAAUAGAAUAUUUACAUAAUAUAAGAGAAUAUAUGAUUGAUAUCAUGAGAGAUAUGAAUGUAUCUUUAUAUGCCCCUCAAGACGAAUGACCGGAAGAAAAUCCUAUCUUGGAAGAAUGUGUGUUCUGUAAGGAGAGACUGACCAACUUGGUGAGAGUAUCAAUUAAUUGGUCCUUUGAUGGUACACUAAGAAAAGCUGACUGGAAUUAAUUCUCAAAUAUAGUAGUAGUCUAAUGCCACACAUUUCAUGUGUGAAUAGAGAAGAGUUCUAAGAUUUGUUAGAGCACUUCCAACAAAAAGUUCUAAAUGAAAUUCUUAAAAUAAAAAAAAACAAAAAAUAGUCAAAAGAGAA